AGUUGAUCCACAAGAUGAAGAUAAUGAAAAGUCGGAUACAAGUAAUUUGGUUCCAUUUCGUAAAUCUCUGGAGUGGCCUAUUGGUUCAUCUGAUUCAGUAGAUGUUUUGCUAAUUCCGUCAGAUCCAACAAAUAAAACACGUUAUGCAACUAAGGUCUUAAAUAUCGUCUUUUCACGUGAAGAUCUUGAAAAUAUUCAACCGGAUGCCUUACCUAGUGACGAACGGUACCAUUUCGUGAAAGGUAGAAUAUGA